GGUGCAUAUGAAUAUAAAUAUCACAAGGGCGAGUGCCAAGUGCAUGGGGACACGCUUUUUUCAGUGGUGCCCAGCGACAGGACGGGGAGCAAUGGCCAUAAACUCAAACACAAGAAGUUCCACCUUAACAUGAGGAAGAACUUUACGUUAAGUUUGGCAGAACACUGAAACAGGCGGUCCGGAGAGGUCAUGGAGUCUCCCUCUCUGGAAGCAUUCCAAACCCACCUGGACACGUUCCUGUGUCACCUGCUCUGGGUGACCCUGCCUUUGCAGGCAGGUUGGACUAGAUGAUCUCCAGAGGUCCCUUCCAACCCUAACGAUUUUGGAAGUGUCCUCCCUUAUCUGUCAGCUCCCUGCUGAACCUGCAGCUUGUCUUUCAGUCUUGAUACUGGUAAUAAGGCAUCCAUCUACAGGAAUUUAAAUUAUAGGCAUGUUUGUUUUACAUGGAUGUGUUCUGUUUUACAGAACAGCAAACUUGUGUAGAGUUGCUUUAAUGGGUAGAUAGCUCUAGAACCUUUAAAAAUUGAAUUGUUUCAUCAGGGAUAUCUUAAAAGAGAUGUUCUAUUUCUCUCUCUGUUUUAGGAUUAAAUCCUCUUUCCCAGGGUGAAGAGUUAAUUAGGAUUAUUUUUAAGAAACACAGCAGUCAUGGUGAAUUUACCACAAGUUGUGCGUGAUCACUGGGUCCACAUCUUAGUUCCCUUGGGAUUUGUGAUUGGAUGCUAUUUGGACAGAUGGAAUGAUGAAAAACUGGCAACCUUCAGAAACAAGAGCUUAUUAUACAAAAGGGAGUUGAAGCCUGGUGAAGAGGUGACAUGGAGAUAAGAGCUGCCGAUGAAAUGGAAGACAUUUUUGUUUGAUUCAUCAUCUUAUCUCACACGUUGAAAGAACAGGAUUAUGAUUUUUACCCUGAGAGCAUACUACAGAAAAGGACACCUGCAAUUCCUCAGUGCUAGUUUAAUUUCCAAUGUUACUUUUUGAAGUUGAUUUAAUUAAAUGACUUAGAGGUGUCCAGGAAUUCCAUUAGUCCGUAAGUGUUGAGAACAUUUUGUCCUGUACUCUGGAAGUGAGGAGGAAGAAUUAUGUAAUAAAGAAAAGCUAUGCAAAAAUAA